AUGAUUUGGAAGGGGAAUGACGAAAAUAAAAUAGCAUUUGAAAGGCUAAAAGCUAAUAAAAUGCGAAUAUUGGCAAUAGAUUCAGCGUCGGCUAAACGGCACGGCAAUCUCGACCUUACUGCUUCUUCUUACGAAGAUCUAGGCAGGUUAAAUGAAAAAAAAAAGACCCUAAUGGAUUUCACAGAUCAUGAGAUUAUAACUAACAACAGCUCUGCCCUACAUCUCUUCUUGAUAGAUGUGCUCAUUGUAAGUAGCGACACGUGUUCGUCCCGUGUGUGGCCACUCCGACGUGUCACAUGUACGUUUGUGCGCAAUAUAUCCCCUGAUGAAGGUGUAAGAAACGAAGCCCGCGUCUCCAGCGAGCCGUUGUUUCUUACUGCGCUAACUCAAUUACCGGCGACAGCUCCGCCUCGCGAUAAAUGCGUCCGCUUCUCAUGCGGUCCAAGUUAUAGGAAGAUGGGCGAACAAGAAUGCGACAGCCCUCGUACCAUACUGCCUCAAUACCUGGCGAGUCGUUUUACUCCUUAG